GUUCAGUUGUCAGUUGUGUACGAUUACGAUUGUAGAACGCUUCGUGAUUUUUUUUAAAAAUGUCCCAGUUGCAAAAGAAACACAAAAUUUGCGUUGGCCUCACACCGGAAAACAUCCGAUCGCGGGCCGAAACACUGGAAUCGAAUUUUAAGUGGCUGGAAUUCCAUGACGACUCGACACCUAAUCCACCGAUCGAUCCAGACACUUGGCUCGAAAUCGGCCCUCGGGUUCGAUCGAUCGAAAACGAAGUUGCCUUCUGCGAAAGGAGUUUGUUGCAGGAAGUAUUCCGCCUGCGAUCUUCACUGGACGAUAGCGAUGAAAAAAAGGUGCGAUGGGCACACAACAAAGCAAACUUUUUCGAGGUUAGAGCUGGCCAGUUCAUGACCCGUGCUGCGAUCAAGAUUGCGAACGUGGAUGCAUUGUUUGGGUGGAAACUGUGCCAGUUGCCCGAUACAGCUGAUGAUAGUCAGUUGCUGUACUUUGUAGACGUUUUCGGUGGUCCAGGAGGAUGCAGUGAAUAUGUGCUGUGGCGGAAUGAUGGAUGGAAUGCAAAGGGUUUUGGAUAUACGACAAAAGGUGAUUACGAAUUUCGUGCUGAGAUGUUUCGGAUGGGGGCGCCGGAAAGUUUUGAUCCAUUCUACGGGGCAAACGAUGAUGGAAAUAUAUUAGAUCCGGAUAAUAUUAGUGCGUUUAUGGAGUACGUCAAGGCGCAGACUGCUGAUAAGUUGGGAGCACAUUUGAUCAUGUGCGAUGGAGGGUUCUAUGUAAAGAAUAACAACCAGGAAACCAUCUCAAAGCAGCUAUACUUGUGCUUGGUGCUUUUGGCAGUCGGUGUCAUUCGUCCAGGUGGAAACGCUAUUUUGAAAGUGUUUGAUUUGUACACACCGUUCAGCGUUGGAUUGGUGUACGUUCUGACGAAAUGUUACGAAAAGGUUUCGAUUGUGAAACCGGCUUCAAGUCGAUCAGCGAAUUCUGAACGCUACCUGGUUUGCCAGACUCGUUUAAAUGAGAGCAACCUAUUCAUGAACUACCUGUUUUCAAUCAGUCAGGUGCUCUGGGAAAACAGACACGGGGAGCACGAUAUUAUCCACAUAAUCUCGCCGCAGACGAUGCAAGAAGAUAAAGACUUUUACAACUUCAUUCGCAAUUCGAAUAACGACCUGGCUCGACGUCAGAUCGCAGGUCUCAAAUCUUUGAUCGGCAUUCUACACGGUGCCAAUCAACAGGAGAAGGUCGAUAAGCAGUUGGUGCAGGAGACCUUAUGGCGUAUGUGGAAGUUGGAUCACAAAUCUCGGGUGUCUCCGACGGAUGGCUUCGCAAUAAGCGCAGCGGAGUACGCACUUCAGUACAUCGAUAAGGAUACUCUCGAAAUGUUCACAAAAUCCGAUACGCUGCUGUGCGGCAAUGAGACUAUAAAAAAGAGGUUUGGAAACCCUCGCGACUGGAGCUUUAUGCCGGUGGAUGUAACUACAGAUCAGGAUAAGAACAUUCGAACUAUGUUUCUUAGCAAGGGCAACGGCAGUGUGUUCUAUUACGAUCGAACGGAAGUAGCUUGGCGGAAGAUGAAAGAGCUCCAGCUGAUCCUGUCACCGAAGACGCUUUUGUAUGGGGAAAUUGUCCAGGAAAUUUCCAUCAUGGGCGACAAGCAAAGGAUCGUUCACGCAUUGCACAUUAUCGACGCGAUCAUGCUGGGUGGCAUAGACGUUCGGUCCCUACCGCAGACCAAACGAAAUGCUCUUUGCACUAAGUUCGCCAAAGCUUUGAAUCGUCCUCUAGUCUAUCGGAACAAUUGCACCAUUCGUCCGAUUCCGAUCCGCUGUAAGACGCUUAUUCCGAUGACCGAGUUGGACAAAUUCUUCAGCUAUGUUUCGGUCCACAAACUAGCCACUGGAACUAACGUUCUGGGCAGCGAUCUGGAGAUUUUAGAUUCGCAGGAAACGAAGAAGUUCUACAUUCCUCGCGGGUUGUUGUUUGUGCGAAAAGGACAAAUUGGUUUGAAGGGAGUCGAAAAAGAGCUGGAGUUCGGGAAAAGCUUUACCAGCCGGAUCUUGUGGGUCUGGACCAAGACUAGCCAAAUCUACUCGUCGGCGCAAAUGGUCGAGGUGACGAAGGAACCGGAUUUGGUCUAUCGAAAGGAUUUCGAGCGUUUUAUUGAGAAAUAUGGAAAAAAGUAGUGUGUUGGGAAUAGUUAGUCCCGAAAGGGGACUACGAUGAAUCCAGUAAACUGUAGAAGGCACCCUCAUCACCAUCAUUCGCUCCAUCCAGCCAAGGCCAAGCCCAAACACUGCAUGACCGAACGUGGCUACUCCAUGAUUCUUAAGCACGCACACACUACCGCGAAAAAACGUUUACUCAUCACACUGCCACUACU